CGAAUCCUGAAGGUGAGUUUUUAUGGGCUUUUUUUUUUCCCUGCAUAUAUUUAUGGAAAAAGAGAGGUGAUGUGGGACACACAUAGACACGUUUGAACACAAUUCACUCUUGGGCUUACGCUGAACUGCUGACUUUGGCAUGCACUGUGAGGGGUGUAGGGCUCCAAGAUCACCAAAUGAUGAUUAGGUUUGAAUUUAAAACUUUUCUAAAUUUGCUGAAUUUUUUAACUGAGAGAAGGGGGAACAAGAGAAGAAAGGGCCUUAAGGCUGCCGGGGAGGGGGCAUUGAUGUUUUUAUUUUUCAGUUUUUAUUUUGUAAAUCUUUCUCAUGAGCUAAUUUCCUUGCCUAUGCUUUAAGGUAAAUGGCCCAAGUAAUUCUUUGUGUUUUUAAGUGAACCCUUUGGUCUCCUUUCUUACCUGUGUCUGAACUUUAUUGUUUCUCUUUCACCUUUUACUAGGCAGAACAAACAGAAAUUCUCAGUGAACUUUCUGUUUCCACAGAAACACUGGAAACUUGUCAGUGUACUUCGGGAUGUUUUUUAAUGUGGCCAAACAUUCCCCUCUCUCUAGUUAAUUAACGAUUAAUGUAGCCACCAAGGAAAGCUGUGCCAGGAAUGAGGGACAUAUUGGUACGAAGUCCAAUUGGCAGUGACCUGAUUUUUUCCUCCCGUUAUUUAUACUGAGUCACAAAGAAUCAGACUGAGACACCUCUUGCUGACUUCUGCUCUUCCCUCAGCUUAGUAAACUCCUGAUAUCACAAUAGGUGCCAGGAGAAGAGCCUUCUUAGAAUGGAAAUUUCAAUAAAGAAACUGGAAGUCAAAGACAGUCAAAAGCAUUAGUACAAUUGUAGAGGAAGCAGAUGGGGAAACACGCAAGGUUGUGAGGUCUCUCAUUUCAGUGGAAGCAGAAUUGGAGCACUGGAAAGCAUGAAGUACUACACAAUGAGGCUUGAAACUAGAAAGUGAAUUGAAGACUGAGUAUAAAAGUCUAUUAAUUUGCAAAUUGUGAAAUUCAGCAAUGAUACACUGUGGAAAAAAACAUAUAUGUGCUGUUGUUGCAUGUAUUCUUAUUUUUGCCAGCAUUUUAAUCUGCUACUGGAAAGAUCUUCAGCUACCAAAUACAAUAACUAGAAAAAUCUUCCCCCAGGCAACAACUGCCAGUCCAGCAGGUCAGCUUUGUAGGGGGAAAAUUGCUCAAAAUGCAAUAACACCAUUAAAAGAUAACAAAACUUUUAUUAUAUCCCCAUACUUUGAUGACAGAGAAAGCAAAGUCACUCGUGUGAUUGGGAUUGUUCACCACGAAGAUGUGAAACAACUAUACUGCUGGUUCUGCUGUCAGCCCAAUGGAAAGAUCUAUGUAUCAAAUGCAAAAAUUGAUGUUCACUCAGAUAGAUUUGGAUUCCCUUAUGGUGCAGCAGAUAUAGUUUGUUUGGAACCUGAAAACUGUGACCCAACGCAUGUAUCAAUUCAUCCGUUUGCACAUGGAAAUAUUGACCAGCUGCCAAGGUUUGAAAUUAAAAACCGCAAGCCUGAGCCCUUUUCUGUUGACUUCACUGUGUGCAUCUCUGCCAUGUUUGGAAACUACAACAAUGUCUUGCAGUUCAUACAGAGUCUGGAAAUGUACAAGAUUCUUGGAGCACAGAAAGUGGUGAUCUAUAAGAACAACUGCAGCCAUCUGAUGGAGAAAGUCUUGAAGUUUUAUAUAGAAGAAGGAACUGUAGAGAUAAUUCCCUGGCCGAUAAACUCACACCUCAAGGUUUCCUCUAAAUGGCACUUUUCUAUGGAUGCAAAAGACAUUGGCUACUACGGACAAAUCACAGCUCUAAAUGACUGUAUAUACCGUAACAUGCAAAGGAGCAAGUUUGUGGUUCUUAAUGAUGCCGAUGAAAUAAUUCUUCCUCUUAAGCAUCCAAACUGGAAAACAAUGAUGAGCAGCCUUCAGGAACAAAAUCCAGGGACUGGCAUUUUCCUCUUCGAGAACCAUAUCUUCCCAGAAACCAUCUCUACUCCCAUGUUCAACAUCUCGUCCUGGAAUACUGUGCCAGGUGUUAACAUAUUACAGCAUGUUCACAGAGAGCCUGACAGGAAAGAUGUUUUCAAUCCCAGGAAGAUGAUAGUUGAUCCACAAAAGGUGAUUCAGACUUCCGUCCACUCUGUCCUACAUGCCUAUGGGGACAGUGUGAAUGUUCCCAUGGAUGUUGCCCUCAUUUAUCACUGUCGGAAGCCCCUUCAAAGAGACCUCCCCAGAGAAUCCCUUGUCAGGGAUACAGCCCUGUGGAGAUACAACUCAUCAUUAAUCAUGAAUGUUAACAAGGUGCUAUCUCAAACCAUACUGUAAGUUCAAAAGGGAAACCUGAGUUCUAAGGAGGGAAAGUGGAGAGCCACCCUUACUGUGGGAAGGCAGAGGAGAUUGGUUAAAGAGCACAUCAAAAUGAUUUCCACAUGAGGUUACAUUUUGCAGUGAUUUAGGAAAGUAGCCCUUUUAUGUACUGUGUAAUUAUAUAUGCAUUUGAUAUGUGAACUCAAUCAAUGUAUCCAGGGAAGAGAUUUUCAAAAUUGAAAAAAUUAUUUGGUUCACAAAUAGUGUUUGAGGCUUCAGUCUACUAUUUUUUAAUGAUAUUUACACAUGAUUGGGAAGUACCUGAUGACACUGUUAUAUGUCUUUGCAGGAAAUUGGUGUGACGUAGCUCUUAUCAAGGAUAAAUCCCCUUGGAGAUACACAUCUUUGGCUUUGAAAGUGGACUGUGUUGGCUAUGCUACAAUUUGAAGUGUAAUAAUGUAAAGGUGUUGCCAUACGCAUUUAAUGCUACCUUCUCCCCAGCAAUAAAUGCAUUGUAUGUUUAAAUUCUCUAAUACUCACAGGGGAAAAAAAAGGUCUGUAACUUAUGACCUUUGACAAUAGAAAAAAGUAUCCCACCAUGGAACUCGUUCAAAUGGUAACAUUGUAUUUUGUUGUAGGAAUGAUUCAGCUAUCAGGUCUGUCUCCAAAAGUAGACAGGACUCCUGUAAACUACUGGAUUUUAUCGUUGUGUAUUUAUCAAAUUUCCCAGUACUUUUUUAAAGAUUGAUUCGGAUUUCGAAAAUAUAA